AUGGCUUUUGUCCGUUUGAGUGUCUUUUGUGCCAACUUGGUAGUGCUUUUGUCCAGUGCUAAAGCUGAGACGAUUGUUGGUGGCUAUACGCCGCAGCAUAUCACUGACGACGCCGUUGACACUUUGGUCAAAGCUUUGAGCAAUACAGAGGCGUAUCACAAGGAUGUCAAUACUUUGAUCUGCCUUAUUGCGAUCGAGAAUUUCAAAACACAGACUGUGGCUGGUACCAACUACAUGUAUCAAGUGGCAGGCUGCGCUGUGGAAUCGGAAGAUGAAAUGGGCGCGUGCAACGAUCGCGAGUGUGACUAUUCUAGCUAUGACAUCAUUGUUUAUUCCCAGCCAUGGACAAACACGCUUCAAGUGAGGUCCAUCACGCCGACGGAGUAA